AUGAGGCUGAGCCCCAGGCCGAUGAAGCCGAUGAACAGAGGCACCACGCACAGCCACGUCUGCUGCCGGUUCCACACGAUGCAGUCGCUACAGCGUAACUCCCGGGGGGGCUCGGCCGCCCCUUCGCCGCCGCCGCCGCCGCCGUCCGGGCCCCCGCCCGCCGGCCGCCGCCGCUGCCGCUGCCGCCCGCCGAGGUGCCCUCCUCGGCCGAGGCGGCGGGGCUGCCGAAGCGGAACCAGGUGGCGAGGCAGCGGCCGCCCCUUCAUCACUAGGAGCCGGUUCUUCACCUUCGCCCCCCGAGGGCCGCGCAAGAGGCAUGGGGGGCGGGAGAGGGAAGGGAGCGGGAGAGGGAUAACGGAGGAGGCGGCGGAUCGGGAGAAGGAAGAGGCAGAGGACGGACAGCAUGCAAAUAGGCUCCUGCCACCACGCCCCUCCCCCCGAGAGGCGGGCGGCGGGGGGGAGGGAGGAGAGGGGGGGAGGGGACGCGGGCCGGGGAGGGGGCUGCGAGGAGCUCGCGAGAGGGACGAGACGGGCCCCCCGCCCGCCGAGCGGCCUUCUGCGCGCCGGAGCCCCGCGCCCACUGCUGCUGCUGCUGCCGCUACCGCUGCUGCCCGCCGCCUGCGUGCGCUCCAGUCGCGCCGGCAUCCUCGGGACGCCUCGGCCGGCUCACUCCCCGGGGCACCCGCCCCGCGCCGCCUUCAGGGGCCUCGCCGGCCGGCCGCAAAAUACCCGAGGCCGGCGAGCCGCAUUCCGACACAGGGGGCCGACCUGGCUGCCGCCGCCGCUCGCCGCGGCCCGCGAGCCACGUUCCUAGGCGGCUGCUUCUUUCGCCCGGGCGAUGAGGUGCACCUGUUCUUCAGCCGGUCCGCAGCCAACCCUCGGCCAGCACUCUCCGGGGGAGACCAAUCCGAGCGCAGCGCGGAGGGCGAGCGACCGGGCUCGCCUCGCUCCCGCACCCGCGGCUCCGCGCCGCCGCCGCCACCCGAGAGUCAAACUCCAGCCUGCCGCGCCGCCGCCGCCAGCCCGGGUCCGGGGGCGCACCGGACGCCCGCGGUGGGGGCGCUCCGACUCGCCGCCGAGGGGCCCCGACCAGCUGCCGAGGUUCCAAAAUCACGGAGCGUGGGAGCUGGGAGGCGGGCGGCCGCGUCGGGGUUCCCGGACGGCCCGGAUCCCGGACCGAAGGCGGCUCCUGGCGGCUCUAGCAGCCGGGCGGGCGCGGGUCCGUGUGUGGAGCCGCCGCGGACAGGCUGGGCUUCGGGCAGAGUAGCGCCUCCCACCAACACUUAA